AUGUAUUGCUUGACUAGGAAGAUUACAAAAACCAGACGUGCAUUAGAAAAAUGGCAACAAGAAACCUUUCGUUUGCGUCAACAGCAGAUGAUGGAGGUAAGAGGUAAACUGGAGGUGUUAAUGGAUGAGCCUAUGUCAGAGGCGAUUCAUAUUGAAAAGAAGGAAUUGAUGGUGAAGCUUCAAACCUUGUUAUCACAGGAAGAAGCCUUCUGGAAGCAACGAGCUAAAGUAACAUGGUUAAAAGAAGGAGAUUGCAACUCCGGUUUUUUUCAUAGGAAAGCAGCUAAUCGGAAGCGGAAAAAUAAUCUAUUGGGGUUGUUUGAUACUUCAGGGCAGUGGCAUGAUGAUGAUGAUGACAUGGAAGAGGUGGUGUCUAGCUAUUUUGCUAAGAUGUUUACUGCUUCUUCCGUUGAUACUGAGGCAGUGGAGAUUACUCUAGCAGCUAUUCAACCGUCUGUUACUAGUGAUAUGAACUUGCUUUUGUGUGCUCAAUAUACGGAAGACGAAGUGCGCUGUGCUCUUUUUCAAAUGUAUCCCACAAAAUCCCCAGGUCCAGAUGGAAUGCCGCCCUUGUUUUUUCAACACUAUUGGGAUACGAUUGGGAAAGAUGUGACUACAGCUGUCCAGAGUUUUUUACAUACAGCUAACGAAGUUGCACAUUAUGUACAUAGCAAAAGAGAAGGGCAGGAUGGUUACAUGGCUUUGAAGUUGGAUCUCAGUAAAGCAUACGAUCGGAUGGAGUGGAGCUUUCUCCGGAAGGUUCUCGUAAGAUUUGGCUUUGCUCAAUCUUGGAUUGAUGUAGUUAUGCAAUGCGUGAGUUCUGUGCGCUAUUCAUUCUUGGUUAGAGAGAAACCCCGAGAUUUGGUUAUUCCUACUAGAGGUUUGAGACAAGCUAGUCUGGAGGCUUGUUUUCAAAUUAAAGAAGUUCUGGCGGUUUAUGGAAGAGCUUCAGGUCAAGUUGUGAAUUUCAACAAGAGUUCUGUUGCUUUCAGUAAAAAUGUUUCUGCAUAUGAGCAAGCUGUGGUAGCUAAUUUAUUGGGGAUGGAAAUUGUUGAAUCCCAUGAGAGGUAUUUGGGUCUCCCAACUUAUGUUGGGCGUAAAAAGACUGCUACUUUUCAGUAUAUCAAGGAGAGACUGGCAGAAAAGUUGAAAAAUUGGCAGGGUAAACUGUUGAGCGGGGCAGGCAAAGAUAUCAUGAUUCGUGUGGUAGCUCAGGCACUCCCAAAUUAUGCCAUGAGUGUUUUUCAGCUCACAAAAAGUUUUUGUGUGGAUCUUGAACAAAUGUGUGCUAGAUUCUGGUGGGGAAGUACGGAUGAUAAGCGCAAGAUUCACUGGAAAAGUUGGGAUUUCCUUUGUCACCCAAAUGAAAUAGGGGGACUAGGUUUUCGUAGCUUGACUGAGUUUAACAUGUCAAUGCUAGCAAAGCAAGCUUGGAGAGUGAUUGAUAAUCCGGAUUCUUUGGUGGCUCAACUUUACAAGGCUCACUAUUUUCCUAAUGGCUCUUUUUGGACUGCUGAAGAACAUGCUUCACCUUCAUAUUCGUGGCGUAGUAUUUUCGCUUCUCGAGAAUUAUUGAAGGAGGGUUCAAGGUGGCAGAUUGGAGAUGGUAAUAAGUGGGACGAACACAGGGUUCGUUCUAUCGUCUCACCUUCUGAUGCUACGACUAUUCUCUCUAUUCCAUUGAGUGUUAGAAGUCCUGAAGAUAGAAGGAUUUGGCAUUUGGAGAAGAAAGCCUGCAAGGCUGCUCUGGCAUAUAUUGCUACAAACUCCAUUUGUCCAGCUAUUAUUGAGACUGAUUGUCUCCUUCUGCAACAACAACUAUGUCAAAGGGGUAUGAGCAAUACAUCUGAGUUGGGAAGAAUUUAUGAAGACCUGAAGCAUGAAAUGGCGUUGCUCCACCAGUUGCGGGUAGUCCAUGUUAAACGUGAUGAUGCUAAGAAAGCUGCACAUGCAAUAGCCGCUUAUGCUGCUAUUAAUAGCCAGGAAUUCUCUUGGUCUAAUGUCCCUAGUUUUAUUCAAGAUGUCAUUGCUUCAGAACUAUGUACCAUUUAA